UCAUUUCAUUCCAUUUCACAUUUCACCGUGCACUUUUUACUUUUCGGGCAAACUCAUUUUUUACACAGAAAAAUCGCUCGCAACUUCGCUGGCAAGGGAAUAGAAAAUCAACCCAAAACCGAGAAUCUAUCCAGCCGACCGAAUAUAUUUUCCACGCACACAUAAAUCCAAAAUCUUAAAGGCAGCUCGCCUUUCGAAUUUCCCAGAAUGCUUAGGAUGCAAUCCGCGAUGAGAUCUGCUGCCCGGCAGACCCAAAAGCUAAUGCGAAUGAUGUGCUAUGAUUCGCAACGCAUUAAGGCGCAGUUUCUGGUCCAAAAUGGGGAAUCCCCUGCCAAUGCAGAGGAACUCGAUACUCAGGAUAAGGAGGGGUCAGAACAGACCCCGGCGGCGGUGCCACGCCCCCGCACGCCCCUCCACAAUCCGUUGAGUCGACGCCACACUGUGAACAGUUCCCGACUGCAGUACAUCAACGACAAGUACAAGGAGCUGGCCAACGAGGUGGAGUUGCGCAAGCCCAAGGAAAAGCCCUUCGUGACCCGCCACGCCCUCCAUUCGGGGCGGUUCGACAAGUGACACGAUCUUGAGAUCUUAUAAACCUUAUAAAUUAGUGAUCCAGAAACUCACACUCACUUCUUGUUCAACGUAUUUCGCCUGUUAAAUCACAAAGUAAAAUGCUGUACAUAAAAUGCAUAAAAAUUAAAUUUAAUUUAAAUCAAUUGAAGCAGA